CAGAUAAAGUGAAUGAAGGGUCCAGGGAGACCAGAUAAAGUGAAUGCAGGGUCUGGGGAGACCAGAUAUAGUGAAUGCAGGGUCUGGGGAGACCAGAUAUAGUGAAUGCAGGGUCCGGGGAGAGCGGAUAUAGUGAAUGCGGGGUCCGGGGAGAGUGGAUAUAGUGAAUGCAGGGGUCCGGGGAGAGCGGAUAUAGUGAAUGCGGGGUCCGGGGAGAGCGGAUAUAGUGAAUGCGGGGUCCGGGGAGAGCGGAUAUAGUGAAUGCGGGGUCCGGGGAGAGCGGAUAUAGUGAAUGCGGGGUCCGGGGAGAGCGGAUAUAGUGAAUGCGGGGUCCGGGGAGA